ACUCAGCAUCACAGCAACAAUGGCCUCAUCAGUCCUGGGGAUGGUCAAGGAGGAGGUGACCUGUCCUAUCUGUCUGGACCUCAUGGUGGAGCCUGUGAGUGCAGAUUGUGGUCACAGCUUCUGCCGAGCCUGCAUCACACUGAACUAUGAGUCCAACAAACACGAAGAAGGAGAGAGCAUCUGCCCUGUAUGUCGAGAUAGUUACCUGUUUGGGAAUCUGAGGCCUAAUUGGCAUUUGGCCAACAUAGUGGAGAGGCUAACAGGGUUCAAGACAAGCUCAGGGGAGGAGCAGAAGGUGAAUGUCUGUGCACAACAUGGAGAGAAACUCCAGCUCUUCUGUGAGAAGGACAUGAUGGCCAUCUGCUGGCUUUGUGAGAGAUCUCAGGAGUACUGUGGUCACCAUACAGUUCUCAUUGAAGAGGUGGCCACUAAAUACAAGGCGAUGCUCCAGUCUGCCCUGGAGAUGCAGAUGGCUAAUGAGGAAAGAUGUGACCAGUGGGAAGAUGACCUUCAAAAGGAGAGAACUUUCUGGGAGAAAAAAAUACAGAGCAAUGUAGAAAAGGUCCAGAAGAAGUUUAAAGAAAUGCACGAAUUCCUGUAUUCGGAGGAGAAGAAUAAGCUGCAGAAGCUGAGGCAAAAGGAGGAAGACAUUGUCAAAAGACUGGAAAAGUCUGAAAAUGAUCUGGUGAAGCAGAGGGAGUCAGUGAGUGACCUCAUCUCAGAUCUGGAGCAUGGGUUGCAGUGCUCAUCCAUAGAGAUGCUGCAGGGUGUGAAUCAUGUCCUAACAAGGAGUCAGACCUUAAGUCUGAAACAGCCCAAAAUGAUUCCAAGAAAACAGAGAAAGAUCUUCCGAGCUCCGGAUCUGAAAGGCAUGAUGCAAGUCUUUCAAGGGCUCCGGGAUGCCCAGCGCUACUGGGUUCAUGUGAACCUGCUUCAACUUAACAAUAAAAACAUUGUCAUUAACGUGGACAAAAGACAAAUACGACAUAGAAGUGGCUAUAGAAGAAAUUUGCAAGUUUCUGAGUCCUAUGAUUUAGGUGUCCUAGGGUAUCCAGCUAUCUACUCAGGGAAACAUUACUGGGAAGUGGACGUGUCUAGAUGUGAUGCCUGGAUCCUGGGAAUAAAUGAUGGAAGAUGUGCUCAACCCCAGCUUCAUGGAGUGAAUCAAAAGGGCUUCAGAGUCAUAAAAAAUUCUGUUGUUAAACAGGAUGUAAGAUAUCAGCCCCAAUAUGGCUACUGGGUUAUAGGAAUUACAAACAGGUCUGUAUAUAAUGUCUUUGAGGUGUGCUCUGUCCCUCAAAAUGCUAGUGUCUCAUUCCCUUCUCUGACUGGCUCUCCCACUCGUAUUGGAGUUUUCCUGGACCGAGAAGCUUGUACUCUCUUGUUUUAUGAUGUUUCCAACCAUGGAGCUCCUAUCCAUAGAUUCUGCGACUGUUCUUCCUCUGGUGCGCUUUAUCCAUAUUUUAACCCUAUGGAGUCAUCAGAGCCAAUGACAGUCUGUGGACCACCCUCCUAA